GAGGGAGCUAAAUGCUGCAUCAGUUCCCAGCAUCGAUUGCCUUCGCUUAUCAGUAGUUUAUCUCUAAAAAAAAAAUAACCUGACAGGUUUUCUGAUGUGCGAUCCUCAGUUCCGCUCGGAAUUUUAAGGUCUCUUAUCAACAACGGAAGAAGUGUUGCGCCCACAUGGGCAGCGUUCUGGCCUUGUCUUCCGGUCCGGGCCAUCAGAACUGGCCUUUCUCCACGAACCCCGCUCCUUCUCGGUGGAACACACAUCCUGCUCACUGGGACAGCCCGCCACGCUGGGAGAGGAGAGAUGGCCGCCUACCCAACCCAGGCAGCUUUCACUCUCUCCACAGGAGCUGCAAAGAUGUUUUUCCUCAACAGAUUGAGGGAGUCAAGAUGAUCCUCAAUAAAACUCUGAGCAGCUUCUUCAAGGUCAGUCAUGCUCUCCACCUUAGUGCUGUCAGUCCUUCGUACUAUCGAUUCCACGUUGAGCAUCUGCAGUCUGAUGAUUACAGCAAGGACAAGGAUGCCCCGGCAUUGAUCGGUGAGAUGGACUCUUCGGGAAGUCUGAAUGCUCACGCUCUGCUGCAUCUCACUGAGCGCGUACGAGCCAGAACAGUGUUCCAGACCCAGCAGUCCCAGUUUGUAACGUGGCAGUUUGAAACUGAGUACAGAGGGAGCGACUUCACUGCAGCCGUGACAGUAGCCAACCCAGACGUCCUUAGAGAGUCAGUUAUCCUCGUAGCACACUUCCUGCAGAGUGUGUCUUCUGGGCUUGUGUUAGGAGGGGAGCUGGUCUACCAUCGGGGCCGAGCUGAGGAAGGUGGAAUUCUAACUUUGGCUGGACAGUACUCAAGACCAAACUGGGUGGCGACGUUGAAUGCUGGGAAAGGAGGUGCCCAUGCUAGUUACUAUCACAGAGCCAACAAACAGAUCCAAGUUGGAGUGGAGUUUGAAGCCAGCACCAGGACCCAGGAGACCACAACCUCAUUUGGGUACCAGAUGGAACUCCCAGAGGCCAACAUGGUCUUUCGAGGUAUGAUUAACAGUCGGUGCAUAAUAGGAGGCGUGUUGGAGAAGCGUCUGACCCCGCUCCCUGCAACCCUGAUCAUGGGUGCCUUUGUAAAUCACAGAGGUGACAAGCUGCAAGUGGGCCUAGGCGUCAACGUGGGAUAAUCCUCCACUAAUCCCUGCUGGAAUUACAUCUCCCAUCAGGACAUCCUUCCAGAGAGCUGUUUCAGAGGCUUCAUGAUGACCUGAUCUUCCAAGGUUUAUCAGCCUCACUCAAACGCUUCCUACGAACCACCUGAGUAUUGUGGAUUGUUUCGGAGGUUGAAUCCCAAAAUGUUUCCUUAAACUGAUUGCAUCUCAUCUUGAAACCUACCUCUCAAAACUGAGGUGAUGUUUUCUGAUUGGGACAAUAGGAUUGAACAGGAAAAAUGGAUGAGGGGCUCAACAACUGUGAGUGGAGAAAUGUUACUGUCCCCCAGAAACCAGACUGCUCAUCACCUGCUGGACAAUGGAAACAGAAUGGAUAAGAUGCAAACUGUACUGAAAAUAAAAAAAGUUUUUACCAUAAGGAAACUUAAUGUAUAUUCAGUAGAGUAUAUGGAAAGAUACUAAUGUUUGUUAUCUAUAACUAUAAUUCUUGUUUACCUGACCGUUCUGCCGACCAUUUUCUAAAGCACACCAUUAUUUGUAAAACUAAUACAUGAUUUUUCCCAUCUUCCAGGCAGCCAUUUGUAUGGAAGCUCUGAGCAAGUGAGUAAAACAUUAAUGGUGAGCCAUUUUUUCUGAUCUAAAUUGUUUUCUCUUCUGUGUUUAUGACUUAAGAGCAGGUAUAAAAAAGGUUUUGUCCAGAUAAUCUUUCUAAGUUUGUUUAGUUGGUGAAAAAUAUUUGCUUUGACAGGUUCAAAAUGCUGUAGUCCUAUUUAUUUCUGCAGUGGGUGAUUAAAACUUCUCAGAAGAUCAUAGGCACUCAUCUCCUGAGCAUUAGUGAUAUUGGUGAGGUGAGGUGCCUACGCAGAGCCCAAAGGAUACUUUCCCACCUUAAUUUAAAAAGAAAUUAGCAAACUUAGAAAGAUUAUCAGGGCUAACCCCCUUUUCGUCAGUUCUUAAGUCAUAAACAAAGGAGAGAAACAAAAAAGUCUUACUUGCCUCUCAGGGCUUCUGUAAAUUGUCAUGCCAGUCAAAUUCACGUUAUUCUGUCCACAUUGGCUCACUGUUAUUCUUGUGGGUUUUAUUUAGCAUAGCUCACCAAUGUAUCUGUCUCCUAAAUCUUGAAUGUGGGGGCUCCUGAUUGCUUGAAUGCUCUAACAUGGAUGAGGUUUGAAAAGAUUGCUGCCCUCUUGCAUUACCUCAUGAUACCAGAAAAAACAUAGGUUAAAUUGUCACUUAUCUCAGGCCAGUCUCUGUGAGCUGAACUUCAUACAAAUGCGAGAGAGGAGCAAUCUAAAAAGUGGUCGGCAGAAAUGUAAAAUGGAUGAAAUCGAGCUAAAACACCAGUAUGAUUCUUAAAACUGUGUGUAUGAGUAAGUGAUUGAGUGUUUGAUUCUGUGCACAUAUUUAUUUUUUUGGCCAGCAUGUAAAAGUGUGUGAGAUUCCACACAUGAACAGCCUGUUGACUCUAAGGGAAAAGAUGCUGCUCCACAUAUACUAACCUCCAGCUGAGGGACAUGAGAGCGGCUAUGCACUGACACUACUGAGCCAGGCCUGUACUGUAUGUAUGUAUGUAUGUAGAUGGAAACACUGACCUGUAUGCAACCUGCACUAACCAUGCUGCUUCUGGGCAUUUCCAGUCCUGUUUAACGUAAGAAAUGUUGCAUAAUUAUGAAUUUAUUUAUACAUUAAUGUAAUAUAAACAUAGAGAGAAGUGGAAGGGAGUCACCGUCUUUUUGGACUUAAUUUAUUAAAAAUGUUAUUUCUAUCAUA